AUGAGCCGCGGCGGUAGAGGUUUUGGGGGUAGGGGAGGAUUCGGUGGAGGUCGUGGUGGUGGACGCGGAGGUUUCGCACAACGAGAUGCAGGUCCUCCAGAUGCAGUUCUCGAGAUGGGCUCCUUCAUGCACGCAGUCGAAGACGAGAUGCUAUGCGCUUCAAUGAUGCCCGACAAAGUCCCAUACUUUAAUGCUCCAAUAUAUCUGCAAAACAAAUCCGUCAUAGGGCGGGUAGACGAAAUCCUAGGGCCGAUCAACGAAGUCUACUUUUCUGUCAAAAUGGAUGCGGGAAUGGUCGCCAACAGCUUCAAGAAGGGAGACAAAGUAUACAUCGCAGGCGACAAGCUUCUUCCCGUGGAGCGGUUUCUCCCAAAACCCAAACUACCUGGCGUCACAAAGAGGGGCCGCGGAGGACGUGGUGGUGCAGGCGGAAGAGGUCGGGGAGCGCCAGGUGGACGAGGAGGAUUCCAACGUGGAGGCGGGCGAGGGGGUCGUGGGAGUGGCAGGGGCGGCUUUGGAUUUGACAGAGGAGGACGAGGUGGUGGAAGAGGCGGAGGUGGCCGCGGUCGGGGCGGGAGCUUUGGGGGUGGAAGAGGUGGCCGUGGUGGUUUUCGAGGUUCAUAG